UCCUUUGUACCUCACCCCUGGCCAUACUCCCUCCCCUUCUUUUCCUCCCUUUUUGGUUUCAUUCUGCCUCUCAGGUGUCACUUUUGCCCUCAGACUCCUUGUUUCUGAUUCUUUUGGAGCUCUCUCUUUCUGAUCAGGUAUUUUUCUCUAGUCUUUUUUGGUUCCUUUAAUCUUUUCCCCUCCCUCAUACCUCUUCUGCUAUGUUGUCCCUCCCUCUGCCCUCACUCUUAUUCGCUCUGACUUGCCCUCCCUCUUCUAUUCUGUCCUCUCUUCCCCCUCUCCCUUUCUCUCUCCUCCCUCUCUCUUGCCUGUCUCUUUUUUUUCUUUCCUCUACAAUCCAACAGAAUGGAAAGUGUAGCUGUCAGCUGCUGUCACGCUGGGAGCUCCCUGCCACUGACACACAAUCUCAUAUUGUUACAAAAACAUUCACAUAGCUACACAAACACACAGUGGCACUGACUUUACAUUGUGCCCUGGGUCUCAUUUGUCCCCAUUCUGAUGUCCUUUCCAGCACCGGACUGCUGCUUUGACAACUUAGGAAUAAAGCAAAGAUAUUUCUGUGAAUCUGGGACCUUAACCACCUGCUGAUUGGAUAUACUUACCCCUGAACAACCUACCUGGCUAUCUCUUGGCAUUCUCUCCUAAUCCAUCUGCAAACUGUCAGAUAACUAUCUACACCUGUGCCCAAGGCACUGUCAAUGCAUUGCUGAUGCUCUUAGUAGAGCCAGGAAAACCUGACAAUUUGCAACUUCUAUCAACAUUCAGCUUUAUAUAUUGUCCCUACUUUAACUGCUGAAAUGCUACAAGCUUGGCCAUUUAUUUCUGCAACGGUACCUGCAUUCCUGCCUUUAAAUUCGCAUUCGUCGUCAUUAAUCUGAGAUUUGUUACUAAGUGGAGCUGAAAUCUCAAUGUCUUCUUUGUUUGAGAACUUCUCUGCGUCCUUGUGUCCGUUGUGAGUGAGCAAUGGUGCGGUUACUGUGGGAUUCCUGCUUGGUGCAUAUUGUCCUGUGAAGUUCUGCUGGGUCCGUGUCUGCAGGUUGUCAUCAUGCUGGUAUCCGCACUACCCCCUCUGCUCCUGUUACUGCUCCACCUGAGCGCAUGGGCAGAAAGGCCGCCUCGCAUCUUCCUGUCCUACAGAGAGCUCAUGGAGACCCGGACUGCCCGCUCCUUCAGCUUUGGCUUUAACACCAGUGAUUACCGGAUCCUCCUCCUGGAUCAGGAUCAAGAUCGGAUGUACGUGGGGAGCCGUGAUUAUCUGCUGUCACUAGACCUCGGGAAUAUUAAUCGCGAACCUUUGAUUAUACAUUGGCCUGCAGCACAGAACCGUCACAAGGAAUGCCUGCUAGCAGGGAGGGGACGCGCAGAUGAGUGCUACAACUUUCUUCGCCUUAUUCAGCCGUUGAAUCGUACCCAUCUAUAUGCUUGUGGAACAGGAGCUUACCAACCACAGUGCGCACUCGUCUACCGAGGAUGGAGGUCUGAGGACUAUGUAUUUCGGAUCGUCUCAGGCUCUCUGGAGUCGGGGAAGGGCAGGUGCCCAUAUGAUCCCAAGCAGGAAAACCUUGCUGCCAUAAUUGAUGGAGUGUUGUACGCUGGAGUUCAGGUAGAUUACAUGGGAACAGACUCUGCUAUUUUCCGCACAAUGGGCCACAAACCUCCAAUCCGGACAGAGCAAUAUGAUUCUCGCUGGCUAAAUGAUCCAUUAUUUGUGGGAUCCCUCGUGGUCUCAGAAAGUAGUUUUAGAGAGGAUGAUAAGCUGUACAUCUUAUUCCGUGAGAGAAGCCUUGAAGGGGAGAAUGGCCCAGCGGUGCUAUCCCGAAUUGCACGCAUCUGCUUGAACGAUGAUGGUGGUUUGCGUUCUCUAGUUGGGAAGUGGACAUCUUUCCUCAAGGCUAGGCUUGUCUGCUCAGUGAUAGGCGACGAUGGGGUGGAAACCUCAUUUGACCAGUUGCGUGAUGUUUUCAUUCAGCCGACGCAGGACAAACAAAACCCGCUAAUUUAUGGGGUCUUCACUACACUGGGUUCAGUGUUCCGAGGCUCUGCCGUCUGUGUAUACUCUCUUGCUGACGUCCGUGCUGUGUUUAACGGGCCGUUCGCUCACAAGGAGGGACAUGGGUACCAGAUGACUGCAUAUACGGGGAAAACACCCUAUCCCCGUCCUGGAGCGUGUGCGGGUGGUUUCUCAGUGACCGGAAUUCGCUCCAGCAGGCACUUUGGGGAGGAUGUUCUCAGGUUUGUUCGCACCCAUCCUCUGAUGUACAGCUCAGUGUAUCCGGUAAACCGCAGGCCCCUCUUGCUACUGUCAGAUGCCUCAUACACCUACACCAGUAUCGCUGUGGAUAGAGUACCAGCUUCAGAUGGGGAAUACACAGUCCUAUUUCUAGGCACAGAUCGUGGUACAGUACAGAAAGUGAUGAUUCUUCCCACUGGGCCCGAGGAGACAGAAGGUCUGACGCUCGAAGAGGUUGAAGUGUUCAGAGUGCCAUCUCCUAUUAAAAACAUCAGAAUUUCGUCCAAACGGCACCAGCUCUAUGUCUCCUCAGACGUGGGGGUGACCCAGCUGUCUCUGCACCGCUGCGCCGCUUAUGGAGAUUCCUGCGCUGAUUGCUGUUUGGCCCGAGAUCCAUAUUGUGCUUGGGACGGGAAAGGCUGUGUGCGUUACACCCCCUCCCCCACAAGGAGGAGCCGCAGACAAGAUGUCAAGCAUGGUGACCCUCUGAGACAGUGCCGGGGGUACAAUACCCAAGUGGAUCGUGGGGUCUCGGAGCGGCUUCAGAUUGGGAUUGAAGGAGGAAGUGUGUUCCUUCAGUGUGAUACUCACUCUCCACUUGAGAGUGUUACUUGGCUUCUGCAGAGAGAUGGCUCGGGACAUCGCAAGGAGGUCAAGCUCCCAAUGAUGGCUGGAGGUGCACUGUUGCGCUCAGUGCACACGCAUGAUGCUGGAGUGUACACAUGCUUGGGCACAGAGAAUGGCUUCCGACGAUCACGGGGCAAAAUUAGGCUCAGCAUCCUCCCUCAGGACCUGCUGGAAAAGCUAACCACCAAUCCUUCCCCAAUGCCACCUCCAGCUCAGUGCCCACCACCCCGCAGACAGAAACCAAGACCGGCAACACCGCAGACAGAAGGGAAUUGAUGGCAGUCUCCACAGAAAGACUAGCAGCGAGGGCUGGUCAGUAGUGCCAGCAUCCCAAACCCAACGCACAAAGGACUCCUACCAUAGGGAGACUAAGGGUGUGAACCAAGCACCCUCACAGCCAGACAGCCUGGCACCAAAGUGGUUAAAUAGCACAGGGCGUGGGGUGAAAGGUUGUAGCAUUUAGUAAGACAUUCCAGAGCAAUGCAUCAGUGCGUGUGUGUGUGUGUGUAUAUAGCGAGCGAUGGAGUGCGGUAUAUUUUAUUUAUCACAAACACUGGAUGCCAGAUCAUGUGUCUCAGCUUAUAAGUAGCAGCCACUCAGAAUUCCGGGACUUUAACUGCGUGGUCAUAUAUGUGUCUGUUUCCCUUGCCACUUGUAAGACAAGAGUGGUGGUAGGGGGUCGUAUUCCAAUGCAAAGGAAAUGUCCCAACCAAACUAAAUAUUAUUCAUGGCUAGGGGAGUAGCAGUGAAAGACACCAGGACUAGCAUGCACUGACAAUGUGGUGUUAUGGGGCAGCUGCCACGUAUCUUUAUUACAAGGGGGUAAAGGGAGCAGCACACACUCUGCAUUACAAUUAAUGUCAAGUAAACAACUAAUGGGAAAACCAAAAUUGUUUCAAUUUAAAGUUUGUUCUUUUUUUUUUUUAACAUUUUGUCCUUGAAUGUUGUGUUGUCUACAUGAAUAGUGAAAUCUUAUGUGACCAGACUGGCGAAUACACGUGGAACACAGAGAGCGCCAUAGCAUUAACGCAAAUGCAACUCUAAAUAAACUUCUGUAGGUGGAAAAGGA